AGGUCUGAGACCGCGUCUAGUCUUUGUCUAGCGGGACUCGUGUGGAUUUUUUUUCUUUUUCUGGAUCAGUGUUCGCGUUUUCCACCGCAUUUACUACCGUAUUCGGUUGAUCUUUGAGGCUAUCAUUUUAGUGCAAUAUCCUCGCCAUGUCGCCUUCAUCCAUGCUGAGAAGUUGUUUGUUGAUCGCUCGAGGCUCUAUGCGCUCGGGCUCGCUAGAAGUUAGUCGUGUUGCUAGACGAUUUCAAUCUACCGACGUGAAAAAAGUCACCUUGAUCCCGGGAGAUGGUAUUGGGCCAGAAAUCUCUGCUGCCGUGGUGAAGAUUUUUGAGGCUGCUGAAGUACCCAUCUCAUGGGAGACGGUGGAUGUGACGCCUGUGAAGCGGCCAGACGGUACCUUCGGGAUUCCUCAAGCAGCUAUCGACUCCGUCAAUAGGAAUCUCGUCGGCCUCAAGGGGCCACUGAUGACGCCCAUCGGGAAAGGGCACCGAUCUCUCAACUUGGCGUUACGCAAAGAGUUUGACUUGUAUGCGAACGUGCGUCCUUGUCGGUCGCUUGCUGGCUGUGAGACUUUGUACACAAACGUAGAUGUUGUUACCAUCCGUGAGAAUACGGAGGGAGAAUAUUCAGGAAUCGAACACGAGGUCGUCGACGGGGUUGUGCAGAGUAUCAAACUCAUCACGGAAAACGCUUCCAGGAGGGUGGCCAAAUUUGCAUUCGAAUACGCUGUUGCCAAUGGACGCCAGACAGUCACAGCUGUGCAUAAAGCCAAUAUCAUGCGGAUGUCAGACGGUCUGUUCCUGAAGUGCUGUCGGGAGGCGGCGGAGGACUUCCCGAAUGUCAAGUUCCAGGAGCGCUACUUGGACACUGUUUGUCUGAACAUGGUCCAGGACCCGUCGCAAUACGACGUUCUCGUCAUGCCGAAUCUCUACGGCGACAUCUUGUCGGACUUGUGCGCUGGGCUCGUGGGCGGGCUCGGGCUCACUCCCAGUGGCAACAUCGGCAUUCAGGGCGCCAUCUUCGAGUCGGUCCACGGCACAGCACCUGAUAUUGCAGGCCAGGACAAGGCGAACCCGACAGCCCUUUUGCUCUCUGCCAUCAUGAUGCUGAAGUACAUGAAGUUGAAUCCGCACGCUGAAAAAAUCGAGACUGCAUGUUUGGAGACUUUGCGAGAAAAGAAGUUCCUCACUGCGGAUUUGGGCGGUUCUGCGCGUUGCUCCGAGUACACCAACGCCAUUAUUGAACGAAUGAAGUGAAAACCUCUGUUGAACGUUGAGGCCACCGGUUUUUUGCGGAACCCCUUGUGAGGAUAUCGCGCACUUCGUAGAAGAAAAUGACCCAGGAAAUUUUUAUUUGUUUGAAUUUUUUUGUUUUUUUUCCAUGGUUCAAAUUCGCAUCGUACUCGGUUUCGAGCAUCUUUUAAAAACCGUUACCAAGUGACGCUGCUCGGUGGAGAAAUGGAAUGAUGUUCUUCCCGUAUUUCCGGAUGCGACCGGCUUCCAGUCGCGGGCUAAGCGUUGAUUUCUUUGUUAUCUUCGUAUUUUCAACGAUGUUCACUUGAACCUUUCUCCUCUAUCAUGUCUUGAUCUGGUCACGGAAACCGGAAAUCCUUUAACUGGAAGUAGUCGACAGGGAGUGGACAUCGUUGAAGAUGCGGAAAGUGGAAUGAUACUUGUUGCUUGAUAAUAUUGACGGGCGGAAUCUCAACGUUCGUUUGUUUUCGCGAAUGUUUCGCGAUGGAAGAGUGUGGAAAUCAAGGAGUUAGUUAUGAGAUUGAGCGCAAAA